AUGACGGGCAAAGCGGGGGAUGCGCUCGCCCACAACCUACCCGGCAAGCUCAAAGCCCCCGACGGCGCGCCUCCACCGCCGGCCUCCGGCCCCACAGGGGCAGGGGGCACGGUAAGGGCCGUAGUCACGGGAGCCAAGCCCUGCUCGGGCCCCACGGCGCCUCGCUGCACCGGCUUCGGCAUCCAGGAGAUCCUGGGCUUGAACAAGGAGCCGCCUUCGCACCCUCGCGCAGCCCUGGACUCCUUACCCGCCGGGCACCUGCUGGCGGCCCGCUCCGUCCUCAGCCCCGCCGGGGUGGGCAGCGUGGGCAUGGGCUUGCUGAGCGCCGGCAGUCUCCCAGGCUUCUACGCGCAGCCCACUUUCUUGGAGGUCCUGGCGGACCCGCCCAGCGUCCACCUGCAGCCGCUGGGCCGAGCCCCCGCGCAGCUAGACACCAGCCAGACAGCCAGCUCAGAUUCCGAGGAUGUUUCCUCCAGCGACAGAAAGAUGUCCAAAUCCUCCUUGAACCAGAGCAAGAAGAGGAAGAAGAGGCGGCACAGGACAAUCUUCACAUCCUAUCAACUGGAGGAGCUGGAAAAAGCAUUCAACGAGGCCCAUUAUCCUGACGUUUAUGCAAGGGAGAUGCUGGCUAUGAAAACAGAACUUCCUGAAGACCGAAUACAGGUUUGGUUUCAGAAUCGAAGGGCCAAAUGGCGGAAGAGGGAGAAAUGCUGGGGCAGAAGCAGUGUAAUGGCGGAAUAUGGGCUUUAUGGUGCAAUGGUACGUCACUCCAUCCCAUUGCCAGAAUCCAUCCUCAAAUCGGCCAAGGAUGGUAUAAUGGAAUCCUGCGCUCCUUGGCUGUUGGGGAUGCACAAAAAAUCUCUGGAGGCAGCGGCUGAGGCGGGAAGGAAGCCGGAGAUGGAGCGCCAGGCCCUGCCCAAGCUUGACAAGAGUGACAAGGAAGAAAGGGGGCCAGAUUCCAAAACCACCAUUUCCCAGGAGGAACUGAGAGAGAACAGCAUUGCUGCCCUCAGGGCCAAAGCUCAGGAGCACAGCACCAAAGUCCUGGGGACCAUCCCUGGAGAUCCUCCUGCCCCAAUCAGAAAGCCAGAGAAAGAAGAAGAAGCAGACACAGCAGAGGAUGAACGGCAAAUGGAAAAGUCAGAUUUAUCACAAAAGGAAGAUAAGCUGAUUUAG